AUGAGUUUAUUCAGAUCCUCAUUUUUAACCCUCAACCUCUUCGCUCUUCUUGAUUAUGUCCAGGCGAAGACGGAUUUUCCAACUCCUCUGAGUGAGGCCCACCCAGAGCUGAAGGCAGACGAUGGUGUCACUUUUGACCCGCUAGGCGUAGCUGCAAUUCUUUACAAUGAACGUGCCGACAGAAGCGCAGCGAGGCUAUAUACCCAGUAUGAUCGAAACCUCUUCAUAUGGCCACAUAUGACUAUGAUCGGGGGGACUCUGCCUCCAAUGCAAAUGCUUGUUGAGCGCUUGACAGCGCCUUUCAAGUGGAUCCACCCCGCCAUCAAGAUGUGUGCUAAGGACACAACAAUGCUCUCGAUUCGAUCAAACAUCUCUGGCAACGUGUUCCGACAGCUACCUUAUAAUCUGAGCAAUACGUGGCUCAGUGACAUUGUUUCCUUUGAGCCAUCAGAACAUCCCGGUAACGACUUUGCGAUCGUGUACGUGGACAGAGUUCAAGCCGAGGGCAGUGAAAGUGAUAACCACGCGCAGAAAAUUCGGAUUCGUUCAGAGAUUGGAAACCUUAGGUGGAAAGCUGGAAGAUGGACGUUGAACUUGCUCUGCAUCAUCAAUGGAGCGAUGGUUUUGACAGGAAUGGUGUUUGGCAUUCUGCUGGCAGACAUAUGGGCCUUCACCCUCUUCCUCCUUUACAGUUGCCACUGGGGGGCCUCCGUGGCCAUUUCCCUCACGAAAAUGGUCACUGUUCAUACGCCUUCUAAAAUCGAUCCAGAGGAUAGCGAUCGGUUCGCCGUUUAUGAGCGCGAAGAAGGCGGAACCGUCAUUUUCAAAGGUCCACAGAACACCCUGGAGACUUGGGCACGAUCAACCUGGGAGUACAAGCCUGACUGGACCAAAGAUAGCCUACACUGGCUGUGGGUUAUCACCGGUUCACUUUGUGGCGUCGCAUCCGUUGCAUGUAUGGUCAACAUGCAUGGCAACAUGCAGCUCGGGUUCCUGGCCGUGUUGGUCUACGCCUCCGUGGCAGAGAUUGGCUCGACGCGAAUUGCACGGAUCCUCCAAACCAAAGCCCAGGGCCCGAUUUCCAAAGAUGCUGUCCGUGGCAACUCGACUCGUUCACUGGCUAUUAUUCGAGCAACCCUCGCAGUCACCCCUCGUUGCCGGUUAACGGGUCUCGAUUGGAUCUCAAUGGGGCUACUUCCGGAUAUGCUAGUGUUCCGGGAAAUGCAAUUGCUUUUAGCAGACAUCAGCCAAAUUCUUGGAGAUUAUAAAGAGAUACCCAAGCCAUUUCCAAAAGACAGCCGCAAGUUGGCCAUCACAACCAAGUGCGAAAUGUUUGUUCACAACAUCAAGGCCAAGGAUUCUGGUCGGGAAAACUUGGCCCUGAGAAUAGGAAAAGAGAUUUAUAAGACUCUGAAUUUUAGUGACGAAGAUAUUUCGGACCUCGACAAAUGCCUCAAAAAAUGA